UCUUCCCCAAAAGCACAGGGGGCAGCAGGCCCUCACCCAGCCUCUUCCCCCACGCCACCGUGUUCCCUGGCAAAAACACCACGGACCUCCAGUCCAGCAACCACUCCUUGGGCAACGGCACCGCAGUGUCCAUCCCCUGGCAGCCCAGCCAUCUCCCAUCCCAAUGCCACCUCAAACAGCAGCAGCUGGGCUCCCCACCUGGGCACCAACAGCAGCUCAGCCUCUCCCACCACUGUGGAUGGUGGCAACUCCAGCGCCAAAGGCAACGGGAGCACCAGCGGUCAGGCCCCUCCCACCCACACAACCUCUGUGACAGCUCAGGGCAGCACGGCUCACGGGCAGACCCCCACCAGGGAGGGUCCCAACCCCAGCAAAGCCACGGCCCAGCUGCCCGCUGCCAUCCAGCUGCUCGCCCGCGUCCCGCUGUCCUUCCGCAUCAUCAACAGGAGCUUCAACGAGAGCCUGCGUGACCCCACGUCGGAGCAGUACCGCAGCCUGAGCCGCACUGUCCUGGCCGUGUUUGAACACGUGUUUGGCUGCGCGGGCUGCAUGGGCACACAGACCUACAUGGGGUGCAGUGAGCUGCGCUACAGUCAGGGCUCGGUGAAGGUGCAGUCCACCCUUGUGUUUGGGAAUGGCAGCAACACUGUCACCCCUGACGCUGCCGAGCAGCGCCUGAGGAAGAGCCUGGACCAGAGUGGCUUCAUCAUGGGCCUGCAGCUGGACAGCAUCCAGAGCUCCACAGAGGUGGUGAUGUCCCCAGAACCGGUGCCCAUGGUCCCAGACUGGGCCGUUGCUCUGCUGGUCCUGGUCAGCGUCCUGCUGCUGCUGAGCUUCCUCACCUGCCUCCUCCUGAUGUCCUCCUGCACUUGCCGCCGGAAAAGCCGAGGGAAGCUGGACCUGCUCAGCCAGAAGGAUUCCUACCACCCCAUGGCCGAGUACCUCCAGUACCAGAGCCACGGGCGCUACGUGGCCCCCAACAGCAAACCCAACCCCUACAGCCAGGUGGCCGGCAGCAGCACCACGAGGGCCGGCACCUUCACCUACACCAACCCUUCCGCCGGCUCCGACAACCUCUGAGGGACACGCUGGGACGGAGGGCGGCUGCCGAGGGAGGGGCAGCUGCAGCCCCCCACUCCCGGGGGAGCAGAGCCGGCCCCGGGCACAUCCCCCGGUGCCGCUCGGCCCCUCGCCGCGGGCAGCGGGCGCCGGAUGGUUCUGGAGCAGCCGGAUUCGCGCACAUGACAGAACUGGAUGAACAAAGACGGGGGCGGGAGGGAGGGUCCCCCGCACCCCACGGGCCCCGCUUGGCUUUGCAACCCUGCUCCGUGCCGGGGGGAGAGAGGGGGGCGGGCUUAUGCUCCCCCCUGUGCUCACCCCCGGGGAUUCAACUGCUCUUUUUGUGGUGUUAUUUUAUAUAAAUAUCUCUGUUUGGGGGGUGU